AUGGCCGUGGAUACAAGCUACCUGACCACUCAGGUCAACAAUAUUGUGGAGCAGCUCCAUGGCAUCUUUGAUGACAUUGGGAUUCCUACUCGCGAGCGCGAGUGUCGCGAGUCAGAGCGCUUAAUUACCGCAAUUCAACAAAUGGAGGCCUCCCUCGGCGACGAGAAGGCCAAUGGCCAGUUCGAGCUUAACAGCGAGGAACUUCGCGUUACAUAUCCACUCAACCGCUGCAUCGCAAGCUUGCGCGAGAAAAGUGAAUUCAUGGCCAAGCUGCAUCGCGAGCGAUUUGAGCAAGUGAAGAAGCUUGUCGAGGCUUUGGAAUCAUAUUCCUCCCACAUUGAAGACUCAUUCCUUACACUCGAACUCCCUCCCACUGCUCCGGGAUCGACCAUUCCCCCGAGCUUUGAUUUAUCACCCGCCUAUGUUACUGCUCUGGAUGCUGAAUUCACACGUGUUUAUGAAGAAUAUCACCGCCGCAUUGACUUUGUCCAGUCAUGCUCUGAGGAAAUUAUUACUAUGUGGGCAGAGCUGGGUACACCGCAAGUGCAAACAGACUCAAACAUUGUUAAGAAUUAUCGUGAGUCUCCAGAGCAGCUGGGACUCCAUGAAGCCGACCUCGCCAAUCUGAUGAGCAAGCGAGAUAGAUUGAUCGAAGAGAAGAAGGCUCGCGAACGCAAGAUUAAGGAACUCCGCACUACAGUCGAGAGUCUGUGGGAGCGUUUCGGCGUCGAAGAAGCUGAUCGUAAGGCAUUCUUGUCUGCUAACCGUGGUUGUGGCUAUCGCACAAUCAAUGAAUUUGAGGAAGAGCUGGCUCGCCUCAACGAGUUGAAGCGACAAAAUAUGCACCUCUUUGUCGAGGAUGCUCGCUGCCGCUUGCAGGAGCUUUGGGAUGGUCUCUUCUUUUCUGAGGAGGAAAUGCUCGACUUUACUCCUGCCUUCUCUGAUGUGUACAGUGAUGCUUUGCUUGAGGCUCACGAUGCCGAGAUUGCGCGAUUGGAGACUCUGAAAGAGCAACGUGCUUCUACUCUUGAGAUGAUUGAGAGACACCGUAGCCUACUGGCAGAACGUGAUGCCUUGAACACGUCAAGCCAGGACGCUUCGCGACUCAUGGCCCGCGGUAACAAGGGCGAGAAGCGCGAUCCAGGCAAGCUGCUGCGCGAGGAGAAAAUGCGCAAGCGUAUUGCCAAGGAGUUCCCUAAGCUUGAAGUUGAGCUGCGCAAGGAGCUGGAGCGAUGGGAGGAUGAAUAUGGCCGACCAUUCCUCGUCCAUGGAGAACGGUACCUUGACAGCUUGACUGAAGCCGUAGCAAAGCCUCCUCCUCGCUCCAAGACACCCUCUGCGCCUUCCUCUACAAAUAAAGCGUCUCUCGCAAGGCAGCAAUCUGUUACUCGACCCACCAGCUCUAUACGUGGACCGGCUCCUGCUCGUCCCCCCAGCUCUAUGCGCGGACCGACACCUGCUCGGCCUGCUAGCUCUUUGCGUGGCCCUCCUCGCUCUGCGACCAAAACCCCAACUGGUGGCUUGUAUAAGCAUAGUACUAUUGGCUACGCUGGCUCGAGAUCAGGAGCUAACUCUCCUUCUAAACUCCCAGCUCGCGCUCCAUUGAGCAACUUGCCUUAUGGUAACAACUCCCCGGAGCGGAAAACUGAGCCUGCAGCGUACUCCACCACCACCACCAUAAAAGGCAAGAUGGGACCUCCGCCAAGAAUGCGUGCUUUAACUGUUGAGUCAAAGGAUCGCCAUGCACACUUGAAGGAGCUCCCGCGGUGCAAUAGCGCCAUGUCUAGCGUCUUUGUGCGGCCGGUCAGCCCCGAAGAUGCUUAUGAUGACCGCCAGCGCGCAGUGAUGUCGGUAAUGUCAAACUCACAUCGGUCAGGGGUCUACUCCCACUCUUCCCAAUCCUCCUUGUCCUCCAUCUCCUUGGCCUCCUCCCAAAUGAGCUACCCACGUGCCAACACAUACCUCCAACAUGCACCACCACCUCCCGCUCUCCGUCAGACCUCGACGAACUCAAGCUCAUCUGCCACCAACACAGUCACCUCCGGGUCUGAGAACUGGGAGACCUUUGACGAUGGCUCAGAGUCAGAAGCAGAUGCUAGCGAUAUCUACUACGCUAAGAUGCGCGCUGCUCAUGGCAAGCGAUAUGCUCCCGAAGAUGCCAUGGACAUGAUGGGCAAAAAAAGCAGGGGCAUUCGAAGUGUCAGCCCGGAUGGUCCCCAUCCUGGUCAGGUGCUCCGUGUUGCAGGUAGUGAUAAUGACUGGUCUGAGGACUUUGAAACCUAUUAG